AUGGCACCUGAGGUCGUCCGUCAGGAAGUCUACGGCCAGGCCGCGGACAUUUGGGGCUUCGGUGCCUUGGCGUUCGAGCUGCUAGAGCUGCGCUCGCCUUAUGGUGACGACAUUACGUUUCCAGAGCUUGAGGCGGCCCUGACGGUGGGACUGCCGCCGUCGUUGAGCGAUGGCGAGCUCGUGGAGGCUCGAUGCCCAGGCAUUCAGGCUGUCAUGGAUGCCUGCUUUGCUCUGGACCCGGCUAAACGGCCGACUGCUCAGGAACUCUUGGCUCGCAUCAAAGGGUGCUAUGCACCCGCUUCAGCCUUGGAGACUGAGCUGCCAGGACAGGUUCGCGAUGUGCAGUAA